AUGGCAUAAUCAUUUAAAGCUAGAUUAAAUUAUUUAUAACUUCAAUAAGGUUUUUCAAAUGAAUUCAAUAGUUAUCAAUAAUAAUAAAUUAAAAAUAAAAAAUCACUUAAAAACUAAGACUUUUAUUAGAAUUAAGAUGAUCAUAAUAUUGAAAAGAAGUAAAAGGUGUUGACGAAUAAUUAAAAAAAAAUGUAACUUCCUAUUGCUAUGCUGAAGAAAAAAUACAAAAUUAAUUGGACAUCAAAAACUAUUAGACUAAAUUAAUUAUGAUCAAC